CGCGCGCCAAAGAGGCUCUGAGAGCUCAGCGCGCGCGGCGGUCAGCAAGAGGAACGGCGCGAAGAAACAAACCAAAGGAGUGAAGGAGGAAGAGGAGAAGCCGGAGGCACGCGGACAACUGUCUCGUGUUGGAUGUAGCAGUUUGCGCGUGCGUGUGCGCGCGGCACGCGCUUUGCGGCUGUCCAACUCUGUGGGUCCGUGCGCGCGUGAGCGGAGGAUGGGAGGAAGCUGCUCCUUCAGAUGCCUCGCGCUCUUCUUGGCUUUUCACAUAGUGUCCGUGUUGCAGACAGUGCUGGUCAGCGCUGGUCAAUGUGACUCCGUGUUCAAAGGCUUCUCCGACUGUCUGAUCCAGCUGGGAGACAACAUGGCCAACUAUCCGCAGGACCUGGACGACAGGGAGAACCUUCAGAAGAUCUGCAGUUACUGGGAUAACUUCCACUCCUGUGCCACGACGGCGCUGGCGGACUGCCAUGAGGGAGCCACGGACCUCUGGGACAAACUGAAAAAGGAGUCCCGAAGCCUGAAUUUCCGUGGGAGUUUGUUUGAACUGUGUGGCGGCGGCAACGGAGCCCCCAGAUCUGCAGACGCCAGAGGAGUAGCCUUGGUUCUAACCACACUGCCCACCAUACUGACUUGGCUGGCAUUUUAACAGCAACGGAGAGGAGAUGCAGAAAGACAAAGUGGAAUCAAGAUAUUAAAAAAAAAAAAUCAAAAAAAAAAAAGAAACAGUGACAUUCACUCCUUCAUGCUAAAAAGAAACAAAACCUCAAGGACUGAGUCUGAAUUCAUCCCAAAAAUGGAUUUCUUCUUCUUCAUUGCAAUACCGUCACCUGGUUGGCCGUUUGGGGCGUUUGACUGUCUGGAUUGCUCGUCCAAUCACAGCCGACCUAUCCCAGAGAUCGAUCGUAUUAAAUAUUUACGAUGCAGCUGAGAUAAAAUGAAGCAAAUCAUGAAAUUUUGAUGGAUUCUUGCCCACUUACAAUGGUUGAAUUACAUAAUAUUAAAGUCAGCCAUGCAUUAUUGAUCUGUGAAAUGCUCCGGCUAGACGGCAUAAUGUGACGGCUCACGGUGUUCGGCCUUAAAUUAGUUUCCUCUCAUUCAGCCCGAGGUCCUGAUGCAAAAACAAAACAGAAUGAAUAAGAACAGCCAAGGCAUCAAACCCAUCUCUGAACUGUGAACUUCCUUUCCCCGUCCUUCAACUGACAGUGGUUUUGGGGGAUGGAGACUUGGCGUUUGCGUCUGUUCUGGCCGCUAACGCGAGCAGGCCGCAGUCAGAAUCAGGAAACCAGCGCCCUCCUGCGCAGGUCAGCUUCUACAGGCAGGAGGCGAAGCUGCAAUAAUCACAGCACUGACCUUUGGUGCAUGACUCGCAGUCAACUGUCAUUUCAGUAUUAUCUGACAUUUAUAGUGCUUUACAUUUGAUUGUUGAGCUAGCCAGCUUGCUAACAUGCUAGCAACUACUUUGUAAAGUCAACAACAAGUGAAGAAACCUUGAUUUGCCAGAAUUUUAGGCAGAUUGGACCACUUUUUGUGGCGGGUAGGGUAGUAGUCCAGAUUCAAACAUGCUUUUGUUUCAAAUAAUAGUUUAAAAUGAUGUUAAUCUGCAUGAUAUCAGUUUAGAAUGCCCCAAAGCAUUUCAGGAAAUGGGCACAAAAUGGCAGCAAUCUGAAACAACGGUCAGAUUCAGGCUACUAGCAAUCAGCUAGCGGUUUAGAGUGGCAGAAAAAAAACAAACAUUAGAAAUGUUGUGAUUCAGACGUAGCUAAAUGAUUCAAUGUCCUCCAUGAAAACAUUUACUUCUGUAGAAGGCAAGCAUGUUGAUCCUGUGUAGUUUAUGUGAGCCAACAAUUUGGAUUUAAAGAAUUUUUUAUAAAAAAAAAAGAACAUGCAUAUGAGAGGAUAUUUCAUGAAACAUAUUAAAUUAUUUUAUCUUAAACUGUAAAAAGUCUGCAAAGGCUUGCAAAGUGAGCAGUAGGCCAUAUUGGUUAAACCUUUGGAUUGGUGCUUUAUUUGCUGUAAUUAUUUAAACAUUUAAGGAUAAAUUAUUAUUGGAGGAAGUUCAUCAAAUUGACAUUUUUCUUGUUAUCUGAUUUGUCAAGUUGGGCCAAAAGUUUGGCCUGUAGCUUAACUGUGCUGAGGCAGCCUGUGAGCAACUUCUGACCCUAAAAGUCAAAGACAAUAGCUUUUGUUUAACACUACAUUGAUGUUGCAGCAAAGUUGCAGGAAUACUCUGAUAGAGUAUUUUAACACAGGAAAAACAUUCAAACCCAUAUACCAUUUGAAUUAUAGCAUCUUCCUUCCCUCAAAACAAUAAAAACAGGUCAUCUGUGGCGCAGUCGCAUUUUAUUAUUGUACAAAAGAUCCACACAGCAAACAAAGGUGACUUCUGUUGCCUUUUUUUCAGCUACUAGCUACUGAAGGGAGGCACGCUGUGACUGAUGAGUAAAAACACACAAGGAUUUAGUCUUAUGAUGCAUUUAAGUUUAUAAAAGGUUAGUUUUUCUUUGCAAAAACUUCCAAGCAAACAAAAACAUUUUUAAACGUUGUGCUCAUUUCCUGAAAUCCAUUGGAACAUCUGGGUUUUUGUCCGACAUAUUAGAUGUUAAAGUAGCAGCACAUUAAACGUUGGUGUUAGUUGUGGGUGGUUGACUUCUACCAUCUUUCUGUUUCACGGCGCCAGCUGAACCAUGUGAUCAAGAUGACUGAGACUAAACUUUUGCUGGAAAAAAAGAUUCUUUUUUAAUGCUGACAGCAAUAUCCAGGCAAGACAUAUGGCCAGUGUAGCGGAGCAAAAAGAAGAAAAGAACAAUAAAACCGUGGCUGAGGAGUGAUAUGACUGUUGCCAUCCAGCACAUUCUCCAAUCAUUCCAGUGAUUCAUGCUAUUAUUCCUUAGAGAUGAUUUAGUUUAGGUCUAUAUGUUCAAAAGCAGAGUCCCUAACUGCAGAAAUAGGAGUUUGAUUAUUUCUUUGCUGAGACUUGGAUAGUGUUUUCCACUGCCUUCUGACAAAAAGACGUGUACUCCUGUUUGUUUGUUUGUUUGUUUGUUGCUUGGUUGGUUGGUUUGUCUCAUUGUUUGUUAAAUGAAUGGUUGCUCAACAAAAAGAGUUUUAAAAAGAUAAAAAGAAGCUAUUUAAAGAAUUGUCUAUACAAGAAAACAUGUAUAUGAAAGGAUUUUGAAAUGAUACAAAGAAGCUCUAUUACAGAUAGUUUAUCCCAGUUUUAACAGCAGAUUGAAGAUUAUAGGCAUCAUGAAGUAUUCAAGAUAAAAAUAAAACAAUGAUGAAGAGUAACAAAUAAAUGACUAAUGUUUCA